AAUAUCUUCAAUUUAAGGAGCCAAGAGGGGAAAAGAUGUCCCGGCCUAUAUCCCGCCACUCGAGCCGUGCUGUAACCAUCGCCAGCAGCGCGGAAGUAUUUGAAGUCAUCAGAGAAGAACGGACCACCCCCACUCCAUCAUCAAUCAAUAUUAAUACUAUUUCUCCGACUUCUGCGACGGUUUCUCCAACUGCUCCUGCUUCUCCGGUUUUCGCUUCCGAUUAUAAACCUGAGUCGGAAGAAGAAAACACAACACCAGCUAUAAUUUGCCCGUGUAAAGCUAUAAAAGAUGCAGAACAAGAGAAGAAGAACGCAGAAGAGAUUGAGAGGCUGUUGAAGGAGAAAGAGAUAGAAAUGGAACAAAAAUUCCGAGACAGAGUAACCCACGAGAUUCAAUAUUUGAAAGACAGAUUCGAAUUUAUAUUGCAGAAUGAACAACUCCGUGCAUCCCACAUGCUUCGAGAGGCGCACAGAGAUCGCGAGGAAAAGAUAUCGGCGUUACAGACACAGUUGGAGUGCAAGAACAUGGCUGGGCUUAUGUACGUCAUGUGUGCGGAGCGACGCAAGAGCAGGAUGGAGAUACUGCGCUUAACUGAAGAAUACACAAACUACAUAAGAACUCUGCAGCAGAUUCUAGAAGAGAGUCAGGCCCUGAUUCUGCAUCUCUCGCGAGGAUACAAAACCACCGCAAGGGUCAACCAUGAGUGGCAGGAGAAGAUGAAGAAGAUUAUAAAGCACUUUCAAAAUUUCGUGAACAAUUACACUGGUGGUCCACCUGAAACUAACCAAUAUGUUUUCGACCUUCCUAACUUGCUGAAGAUCAAGACUCCAAUCGAAGACAAUACUCAGGAAGACUCCUGUGAUGAUGAGGAGGAUACACCUAAUGAAAACGUGCCAGCAAUCGAGCCUGAUAGAACGUGGUGGAACAAUCUAGAAGGGGACGACCGACCAUUCGUGAUGUUCGGCGACAUGGCGGACUUCAAACCGCCGCAGAGGCGGGCGGUGCUCAGAGCUGUUAAAGCUCAAAAAACCGCGCCCAGGAAGUGGAAGGAAUAUGUCUUCCACGACAUGUUCGUGAAAGCGGAGUGUCCCCACACCAACACCAUUAAAGACGAGUACAUGAAACGUGGGUCAUCGCAGCCACUGGACAAGUGGGCGUCCGCGCAGACAGACAAACAGACUUCCUCUAGAGGGUCGGACACGAGUCGUCGCGUCACAACAGCCUCUGUGGACAUCCGGCGGAACAUGGGCUCCAUCCUGAAAAUUAUUGCUUCGCCGAACGUUCCCCACACCACUACGAAAUCCACGAUCCUGGCAGCCAGAGAUUCUAUGGAAAUAGCAUCCACGACACGACUUCGGGAGAAAUACAGACACGCGUCAUCGGCAAGUAAAAUUGAUUCAACGUGCCAAGAGAUGAGCGAAGAUUUUGAGGCAGAACAAGAUGAAGUUGAAGAGCCCGAAAUAAGACCUGGAAAAACCAUUUCGAGAGAUGAAGAAGAUAUGACUGGUGAUACAACCUCAGCUCUUGGGAGCAUACACAACGAUAGUUUACAAGUUAUCAACCAACAUGUGCCGGAAAUAGAUCACAAGAUACAUUAUGAAAAGAUAUGUCCAAUGGAGAAGUGCCAGAAGAUGCAAAUGGACGACUUUAUGAGCAGCCUACCAUCGUACAUGCGAGCCAGCCCCUUCACGCACUUUGAGCAAUCGUUCGAAGACUAUGAGCCUUGCACCCCAGGUUACCAACAUCUCAACCCACCGGAUAUUCCUGAACAGCUCGAAAUCCUCAAGAAAAGGAUGGAAGAGAAAAAGAAGAAGGAGCGAGUAGCGAUCGACGUGAUAGACGACAAUCCUCUGUUGUCGUGGCCACCCAGUGUUGAAGGGAUAGCGGUACAGACGUCCAGUCAAGAUAUGUCCAUACCACCCUGUACCUGUGAUGUCGCAGGGUCCGAUGCAGCUGAAAUUAGUCAAAGUGUCUAUAAUAUCGUAGAUUUAAUUCCCGUAAAGCAAGAGUUGGACAGAAUCAAUGCAAAGUGCUUCUUUGAUGAUACGAUUGAGUUCAAUAGGUUCAAAAUUAUUGGACAAGAUGAGAAUGAAGAUACGGAGCAUGAAAACAAAAAUAGUUUCAGCAAGAACAGAUUGGAAGAGAUUAAGAAGAUAUUAAAGCAGUAUCCGAGCUUGUGCAACAUAUUCCAGGCUAAUAUUCGUUGUUGAUACAAAUCUGGGUCUUAAAUUAUUAUAGAAACUCCUAAUAUUUUUAUAAUGCUCAAUUGCAAACAUAGAAAUAAUAACGAUAGGUACUUGAUAAAAAGAAGAAAAGCUGUAAAGAUAUUGUCCGAAGACUGUCUUAUUGCACGAAAUUUUUGUUAAAAAGGAUUUCGCUGAUCACAAGGUAGGAAGUUUCAAGCAUUAAUAAAUACUUAAAUUUUGAAUAUAAAUAAAUUAAAAUUAAAUAUGCAAAAAAGUGGCAAACAAUACAUUCUGUUUGCAAGUAACUUGCACGCAAACUAGCAAAAAGCAAACAAGGCAAAUCAGGAAAUGUAAAAUGGCCAAAUCCACUAUGUCAAUAAAACUCAUGUGGUUAACAUUCGUAAAAAUUUAUUGUA